UUUAAUCUCUUUUUAUAGAGUCGCAGGCGUGUAGAACUAAAGCAUUUAAAAAAUUUGGUAAUUUUGCUUACAAUUUAGGAGCGAUUGUCCGUCAAUAUCAUAUUGAAGCACCGUUUUAUAUGAACUUCUGCAUCGUUUAAAUGCAGUGGUUUGGAAAUGCAAUUGAAAUUUAAAACAUUCAUUAAGGCAUUAACUUAGCUACCACUAGAAUAAAUUUUCCCAAGAAACGCAGACUUGGAAAAGUUGUUCCUGGAGUUGUUCGUCAUUUUCAUAUUAAAACAGGUCAUAAUAUCUCUGAUGCUGGAAAAUUUUUAAAAGCUACUGAGAUCUGAUGGAUUACAAUAAAAACAACGAAAUGACUUUUAUGAAGUAUUUAAUUGAUGGUAUACCACCUGAAAUUGCCAGAAAAGCUCAAGUAGAAUUGGGAGAAAGUGAAGAGGUCCGAGCAGAAAGCUUAAAAAAUUUAAGAAGUCUGAUCAAAAAUGAACCUGAUCUCCAUUCGUGUAUGGAAGAUACUUUUUUGCUACGCUUUCUUCGAUCUAAGAAAUAUCGAGUAGAAAAAGCUUUCAAGACUUUAAAAAACUUUUACACAUAUAAAGCAACUUACUCCGGUAUUUUGACAGACUUCAGGCCCUCCGAAGUAUUACAUAUUUUGAAGACGAAUUAUUUUACCGCUUUGGAAUAUAGAGAUUCCGGUUAUGCUGGAAUCGGCGUGAUACGCAUGGGUGAAAUAGAUUUAUCAAAAAUUACUACCGAUGAAAUGAUGGCAUGCAUACUUGUCAUGGCAGAAAUCGGAAUAAACAUGGAAUCCAUACAAGUGGCUGGAUAUGCCGUCAUUCUUGACUUUGAGGGGGUCACAAUUCAAACCGUGAAGCAAUUCGCUUCCCCCACUUUCUUAUACAGAGUAAUUCAAUGUAUUCAAGAUGUUAUUCCAUGUCGAAUCAAAGGUUAUCACAUAGUAAAUCAGCCAUAUUUUUUCAAUAUCAUACUCGCCAUAGCUCGAACAUUUCUUUCAGCGAAACUUUCAAGCAGACUACAUUUGCAUGGUUCGAACUUAAAAAGUCUUUACAAAUACGUGCCUCAAGAAAUACUGCCAGAAGAGUUGGGUGGUAAGCAAGGACCAAUAUCUAAAUUUCUGGAAGUAUAUUCAAAAAAGUUUCUUUCUAUGGAAGACCAUUUUACAAAGAUGAUCAAAUUCGGAUACCAGGGAAAAACACUGGAAGAACUCCAAAAAGACAAUCCACACGCAGUUCUAACAUAACCUCUGUCCUUUUACGAGCAGUUCUUGUUUGUCCAGAAGUGAGAAAAGUGUGAUUUGGACUCUACAGUUGUUUAUACUUUUGGUUUUGUAAAUAUUUAUGACGGUAUUUGUAAAAUAAGUGUGUAUUUAAAUAUUUCAAUUGUGUAAAAAUAUUUAUUUCAUUUUUUACAGCCUUAUAGUUGUAAAUUUUGCAAAUAUAUUUUUUGCCUUACUUGUAUAUAAUUGCUGUUAAACAAAGAAAAUUGUCACAAA